GGUAAUUAGGCUAAGAGAGACGGAUAAUUGUUUCAUUGUGAUUCAUCGCAAGAACGGCUCUGAUAGCGCUUUGGUGCAGCGAGCGGCGUAGGAAUAUCACAGACAACCCACUCGUCCUCUACCUCAUCACACCGUUCAUCACCACCACAAACACAACAACAUACGUACCAUACCAGGUGAAGGUGAGAUCCAACCGCAAGCACCGCACCGCACCGAACCGACGACAACACAAUGAUCCAACCCUAAUUCUACCGUCUCUUACCUCCAAGUUGCUUAACCCUAAUCUGCAACACUUAAACGCAGCUUCCUUUCAUUUCGAGUUUAAUUCGAGUAAUUCACCAUGGGUUCGCCUGACAAUCAUGGUCAACCCUCUGUAUUGGAUCUGGGGUCCUUCGUGUUUCCGAUGAAGCUAGGGUUUGCACCCAAUUUCGUCUCAAGAUUGGGGAUUUUCUCUUCUGAUUGUUAAUUUCGACACCCUACUUCCCCUCUUACCUGGGUUUCUUGGAUUUGUGUUGGACUCGAGGUUUUUGGUGGAAAAGUUUUCGCUUUCCUUUUCUUUGUUGUUUCCCUUUCCCUGCAAUUGAAAUUUGCAAUAAAGGAAGCAUCUUUCCAGCUUGGAGAUUGAAACUGCGAUGGAGGAAGAGUCCUCCGAUGCAAUGAACCUUGAUUUGAAUCUGGGUCCGGGCCCAGAGCCUGAAACUGGCCCAAUAAGCAAUGAAGCUGUGAACUUGGAUGAGUGGAUAGGAGAGCCUCUUCAGAGAAUCAGCGAAGCUGUGAGGUUUAGGGCACGGCAACGGUGGCGAUGGCGGCAUGUUCCGCUACCGCAUCCUGAACUUCAUGUCCACAUCCCACCUGAAGCUGCGCGGCAUUUUCAUAUACCUCCUGAGGCUCACAAUAUCUCCAUGGAAUUGAACCAGUUUCUGGUCAAUUCUGGAAAUGGAACUGCCUUACAGGCUGGAGAAGGCAGUGUGGCGGCCGAAGAGAGAGUGGAGGAGGUGCCGAAGGCGUGUGAGAAUGUGAAUGGUGUUGCAGAGGACGAGGCCUUGCAGAAGAAGGAUGAUGUUGAAAAGGGUAGUGGCACUGAUGGGGACUUUUUUGAUUGUAACAUCUGUUUGGACCUCUCUAGGGAUCCUGUUGUGACUUGUUGUGGCCAUUUGUUUUGUUGGCCUUGCCUGUAUAGGUGGUUGCAUCUGCAUUCAGAUGCGAGAGAGUGUCCAGUUUGCAAGGGAGAGGUCACUCUCAAAGGUGUUACCCCAAUAUAUGGCCGAGGGAACACUGUCCGAGGUCACGAGGAGGAUUCUGCUCUUAAGAUCCCUCCCAGGCCCCAAGCAAGGAGGGUUGAGAGUCUGAGACAAACCAUUCAGAGAAAUGCAUUUACAGUCCCUGUGGAAGAGAUGAUUCGGCGUAUCGGGAGUAGAAUUGAUCAUAGUCGUGAUUUUGUUCAGCCACAUGAAGGGGAGGGUGCCCGUGAAACUGCAGAGAGAACUACUUCCUUGCUAAGUAGGUUCUUGACUGCUCGAGGGAUUCGGAGAGAGCAGAAUUUAGGACCACUCCCUGAGGAUGUGAUGGCUUUUGCUCAGAAUAAUGCUACUAAUAAUACUGCUGAGGCAGGGGAUAACCGAAAUAGGGUGCAACAAUCUCAUAUGCUUCGAAGAACACAAUCACAUAGAGCAACGCUUUCUACUAUUUCAGCAUUCACUUCUGCUGAAAGGUUACUGGAGGCUUAUUUCCGUAGCAGUGCAAUUGUUAGGAACCAAGAACAACCUUCACCUCCAGUUGAUGACAGGGAUUCUUUUUCAAGCAUUGGCGCUGUUAUAAAUUCAGAGAGUCAAGUGGACACUGCUGUGGAGAUUGAUUCCAUGGUAUCCUUGUCAACAUCCUCUUCUAGGAGGAGGAAUGAUGCUUCAAGAUUGUCUGAUGUGGAUAGUGGAGAUUCUCGUGCUCCGAGACGCAGACGUUUGAACUGAUAAAAAAACUCUUUAUAGAUCUUCAACUUAUUACUAUUCUAUCAUGUACCUCAUAUGAUAAUAAUUUUCCAACACCUAUGUAAGUGCUUCUUGCUUUCGCGUUGCCUUAUAUUUAUUUCACCGUUUACAA